AUGCCCAAGGGAGAAUGGAAGUUACGAAAAGUUCGGAGCGCUCGUGCAUGUAAAGUAUGCCGCAUGCGUAAGGUGCGGUGUGACGCCGAGAUACAUGUUCCCUGUACCAACUGCAUCUCAUUUGGAUGCGAAUGUCAACUUGCAGAACCUCGGAAACGACGAACCGGGGCUGCAGGAGACGCCGGAUUUAUUAUGCUGAAUCUCGAGGGUCAAGAUGACGGGUUUCGCAUUUAUGCCGGCCAAAACUCAUCCAAUUUUUCCGCAAGAAAACAAUCUUCUUCUUCCCUCAAUUCGCCCCAAAAUGAAACAAAAGCAACUCCUGAAAACAACGAAAGAUACAAUCCCAAUGAACCAACCUUGAACAUCUCAUCCACAAAUGUAGCACCUACCUUCAAUAUCUUGGGAACUUCCAACACAUAUACCGGGGUAAAACCUUCGUUUUCCGGAGUCAACGAAUUCUACUAUCUUGGUCCAUCUUCCGCCUAUGAUCUUAUAAUGUCUGAGGCGUUGGGAGCCACCUCCCACGGAGCCCAGGAUCACGAGAAAAACAAUCCACAACCACUUCCCAUCGAUCCUGCUGAAUUAAAUGCCGAAAUCCAAAUUCUCACCAUGAAGGGAUCUUUCCAUCUUCCUCUGGAUUUCGUGUGCCACCAGCUUUUUGACACGUUUUUCCAGUACGUACAUCCCCAGGUGCCCAUCGUGAACAAGCAGGUGUUUUUGGCGCAUUUUAAUGACCCGGAUCCCAACAAAAGACCGCCUCUUAUUCUCAUCCAGGCGAUUCUUCUCGUUGGUGCCAAAUUUUGCCGCCACCCCAGCAUUCUUGACGCCAACAAUUCCACUUCCACAGUGGUGAGGGCGCUUUUCCAGAGGGUUAGGACGCUCUACGAGUCAACGGUGAGCUUCGAAUACGUCGGUUGUGCUACCGACACCGAGGUGGAUGAGGGCCAUAUUAUAUUCAAUUAUCCCACCGUGAUCGUCCAGACGCUCUGCCUUCUCUCGUGGUACGACGAAACGCCAGAUGCACUGAACAAAUCGCUGUUUCUUUGGCUUCGAAAUGCUCUUUCCACGGCUCAAACUUACGGCAUUCACAGAAACCUCGAGGAACUUCCUGUGUACUCGUUUCUCCAGGCCAAAUACGGCAACACCCCGAAGGGAUGGGCAGCACUCAAAAAGUUGGCGUUUGUUUGGCGAAAGCUUUGGUGGUGGAUGAUCACCAGAGACCGGUCAAUGGCGCUUUCUUAUGGCCGUCCAUUGGGAUUUGAGCUGAAACACGCAAGCGCUUUCCCGCUUCAUAUGGCAGACUUUCAGCAAUACGAGGGCAACUGGUCCGGGCUGGAAGAAGAUACAAUUGGUGCCGAGUUUUUCAUCCACACUACACGGCUAGCAGAAAUCCAAGGGUUGAUUUGCAAUGAAGAACUUUCUGUCAGAACCGUGCAACAGCGCCAGGCUUUUAACCGAGUCCAGAGUGUGGUUCGCCAGUGCAAUUUGCUCAUGGGAGCAUUUUUCCGGAACCUUCCCUCAAGGCUCAAAUUUCUGCCCAGUUGCACCAACAAGUAUGCCUGUAUCAUUGGAGUGCAAUAUUACAUUACACUCUAUCGGAUCAACCGGUUGCAAAUUGGCCGUGGGGGCAACAAUAUGUACUGGGGAAUCCUGUUCCAAGCCAUCUACACAUGUCUGCUUAUACUCCAGACGAUUCUGGACAAAAUUCUGGAGGGUGAUCGGCCGGUAUACCCAGCCUAUAUGACGUAUGCUGUCACCCUUGUCAUCUUUGUGUUUGGGCUGCACAUCGACUCCAACAAUGAGUUAGUUGCAACCACUCUGAGGCAACGGAUCGAUGUGGGAUUGCGGUCGCUUCAAGCAUUUACCAAAGUGUGGCCGUCGCUAGCAAAAAUGACGCUUGAUUUUUUGGCCAACAGACUUUCGUAUCCUGGUGAGUCUGACUUUGCAUCGCGAUUCAAGCACGUUGUGGUGCGUGCCAGUAAUCUCGAUAGGGCUUCUACACCCAGCAAACAACCAAAACUGCUUGCUAUCAACUUUUUGCUUAACGAUACCAAUCUGGAUGCCAUGCACGAGAAGUUUGACGAUCCCGACCAGUCGCUUCCAAUUUAUAAUCUACUCACUUUUGAACUUCCCGAAGUGGGUUCUAGCUUCUACCUGACAUUUACGCCAGAACAGUUGUUUCCCAGCCGUGAGGAGAUCAUGGAAGAGGGUCCAGACCACCUUCCAGAUCUUCGAAUGAAGAUGUUUGAUUUGGGAGAGCUUUACGACGGGUCGUUUUUGAACAUGGACAGUGGGAUUGACUGGAGCGAGUUGUAUAACCAGACAUGA